AUGGGAGUUCCUGGACUUUUUGGAUGGCUCAGGAAGAAGUACCCCCUCAUCGUGAGACCUGCUUCUGCUGGAGCUGAGGAAAUCCAGGGCGAUGGGGACAGCUUUUGCGACAACUUAUACAUAGAUAUGAAUCACGUGAUCCAUGCCUGCACACACCCGAGCUGGCGGUGCACCCCCUACCUGAGCGAGGAGGAGAUGUUCCUCGACAUGCAAAUAUACCUCGACCACCUCUUCAAUACUGCCAGGCCAAGGCGGCUGUUCAUGGUGGCAAUGGAUGGAGUUGCGCCUCAGGCGAAGAUGAACCAGCAGCGCACGCGCCGCUUCUUCAGCGCCUACCGAGAGGAGCUCUCCAAGGAGCUGGAAAUUGAGGCGCGUAUUCCGGAGCUGCCGAGUUUUGACGGCAACGUGAUAACGCCCAGCACGGCGUUCAUGGCGCGGCUGGCCGGCAUGCUGCGCGCGUUCUUCGCGGCCAAACUUGGCGCAGACCCCUGCUGGGCACGC